AUGGUUUCAGUCAACGCAAAUGAUAUCUUCCGUGUAGAUGGCCUCGUGGCCGUCAUCACCGGAGGCGGUAGUGGAAUCGGCCUCACCAUGGCGCGUGCUCUCGCUUUCAACGGAGCACACAAGGUCUACAUCCUUGGUCGCCGGCUCGAUGUGCUUGAAAAGGCAGCCAAGGAACAUCCCAGCAUCGUGCCCCUCCGCUGCGACGUGACAUCCAAGCAGGACCUACAGUCCGUUGUAGACCAGAUCACGGCCGAUGUCGGAUAUGUAAAUCUCGUCAUUGCCAACUCGGGCAGCAUCGGACCGCCCGUACGAUUCAAUCCUACUGCCUCGAUUCCCGAACUGCGUGAAACUCUCUUCACAAAGUUCUCCAUGGACGAGAUGAAUGAGACCUUGCAUCUUAACAUCACAGCUGCCUUUUUCACAAUGACAGCAUUCCUCCAGCUUCUCGACGCAGGCAAUCGACAUGCGCUGCAAUCUGGCUUUGGGCGGCCCAUCACCGAAGGCAGCGAGGUUCCAUCCAUUCAGAGUCAGGUCAUUUUCCCGACGAGUAUCUCUGCAUUCAGCCGUCAUUGGACCUCUUCGCCGCCGUACCUCACGAGCAAAGCCGCCAUCAUGCAAGUCACCAAGCACGCCAGCACGCAAUUGGCAAGAUUUGGUAUCCGCGUUAAUGCGAUCGCGCCAGGCAUCUAUCCUUCCGACCUUGCGUCGGUGCUGAUCCAGAACCGGAAGCCGGAAACGGAGGCGUUUGACGAUCAGAGAUUCAUCCCGGCUAAACGCUUCGGAGGAGAUGAGGAGAUGGCGGGGACCAUACUGUAUCUUACGAGUCGAGCGGGCAGCUACUCGAAUGGGUCGAUUUUGAUCAGUGACGGUGGGCGGUUAUCGGUCAUGACUGGGACAUAUUGA